AUGACCCGUUGUAAACAUACCGGCUGGCUGCGCCUUGCAACCAAAGACCAGGCAUACGUUAUCGAAAGUUCAGACCGUGCCAAGAGACUGCUAGACAGUCUGCCACGUCCGGACUGCCAAUAUCCAAGUACGCUGGUGUUGAUUGGAAAUGCGACCAAGCGGAUCGUAAUGCAAAGACUUGGAGUGGACAUCACCAGGCCAAACACGACCCGGGGUCAUGGCGAGAUCCACCUCUCUCUAGCUCCUGUCGGCGCCGCCGGCGGCAGGCCCACCUUGAUUGCCGAUGCCGAUAUCCCGCCCCACAAACGGCUCGGGAGGCCAAGAAAAUCUCCGCUCUGUCAUGAACUCGUGACGAGGUCGAUAUCAACCUCGCUCAGCGUAGCCAUUCCGUCCACAGCGGUGGAAGCCGGCGACCGUGUCUAUAACCGCAUGCUUUUCCCCUUUGCAGAUGUCGUCUGCUUGUUUGCCGAUGAUAUCGGCGGCGUAGAGAUUGUCGCCCAGCGGCUUGCGUCGUGGCUGGAUCUAGAGUCACCAUCGACGUCGUCGGUGCGUCCAUGGUUAGUGGUCGUCACGAACGGCGGCGAAGAGAACUCUGCACGCAGUCAGUUGUUACAUGCCGUCCGCAAGAGGACAGACGCUCAUGUAUCCGAACGUUUCCAUGGCCUCCGAGUCAUCAGCCUGGCCGACACGUCUCCCAAGUCUCUGCGACGCCAUCUGCAUUCCCUGCGUUGGGAUAUCCUGAGCAAUGAGCUUUCCUACAUGACAGAGACUAAAAGGGUUGAGCGCGUCCUUGCUUAUUGCCUUUUCUCAGCUACCCAUCUCGCCGGUCUUAUACGCCACGCCGCGGAGCACCUUGGUGAUGCCGACGCUCCGCCCCUCGACUUUCUCGCCAUCUCUCGGCUGGAUAACCCGAUAGCAGAAGAUCUACAAGCACAUCUCGCGCGGUUUCUGACGCAUUGCGACUCUGUCGAGGCGUUGAAACGAUUUGCCGUGCCUGUCAUCGCCUCCAGCUUUCUGCUGGACCAUUAUCCCCCAGACAUGCACCUCUUCGAUCCGCGAGAGGUCUUCAAGAUGUUCUACAAAGAUGUGUGCUACAACGUGUGUGGCGCAGCCGUCUUGGCGCACGACGGAUCUACCGAAUUCAUCUUGCCGUCGAAGUUCUCCAAUAUGAUCGAGACCCAGAUGGCUCGUAUGUUCCGGCAGCUGACGGCGGGCCAGUCCGCGGUGUCCCUCCAUCGCCAGCUCGUCGCCGCCUUCACAGAGGACUGGCGACGGCUCCGGUCUGACAGCACAUGUUUUCAAUGUCUACGGCGUCGCCCGCAGUUCUUCCCCGAAUGCGGCCACGGCCAGUGCAUGAAUUGUGUGAAGACCUUUGGUGCUGUGAGCACGGUUGAUCCGUGGCUGGUCGAGGUCGAUGAGUGUCUUCUUUGCGGACGAAAUGUCGGCAUGCAGAUACGAGUGAAGCCGGACACCGCGUCGGUCCGUGUGCUGUGUAUUGACGGUGGCGGCACGAGGGGAAAGUACCCCCUAAAACUGUUGAAGCAGCUUGAAGACGCCAUUGGCUUGCCGGGCCACCCUGUGCAACAGAACUUUGACGUCGUCUUCGGGACGAGCUCAGGCGCAAUCAGCGCCGGUGCUCUCUGCAUCAACGGCUGGACGGUGGACGAGUGCAUUGCCCGCUUCGAGUCUCUUUCGAACCAGGCAUUCACGCCCCGCGGGAGCCCAUCCAUCCCCAUCAUAGGUCCUCUGACACGACUGAUAAUGCAGGUUCCGUUUGUCAAAACGAUAAUUCGUGCCGCAGGCUUGCUCCUUUUCGAUAGCAGGUAUCCGUCGCGACACAUCGAGCAGGCGUUGCGAGACAUGUUUGGCUCGGACAGAACCAUCGCCGACUACUCGGCUGCCGACGCGAUGGGCAUUAUGGUCGGUAUGACAGUCGCUACAGUGAAAGAUGCGACAGCCUGCAUCUUCACCAACUACAACGGAUUAGGCCAACGGGGCGGAGAUCAGGGCUAUGAGGUGUUGACGACGAGAGACAGUGGCGAACAGGCAUCCUUAUGGGAGAUCUAUUUUACGCCUCGGACUAUCCACGGCCUCGGCACAUUCCAAGACGGCGGCUUGGUUGUUAACAAUCCCUCGUCGAUCGCUCUGCAAGAGGUGGCUUCCCUUUUCCCCGAAGCCGCCGAUCCAAGCCUCUUUGUCUCGGCGGGUACGGGCUCCUCUCGCGAAGAAGAACACCCAGCGUACGAGUCCAACGGGGGAUGGCAGGCCUACUUCCCCUUCCGCCUGGAACGGGCCUUUAGGGCUCUUCGAAGCGACAAGAACGCCUGGCAACGGCUUGUGGCGCACAAGAAGGUUGGUCGGUCAGGUGAAUUCUUCCGCUUUGAUGUCGAGUUCGACGGCCCCGAACCGCCGUUGGAUAGUCUGACCAGCUUUGACGACCCUGAACGUGAUGAUGAAUGUACUUUUCGAGGCCUACCAUCAUUCGAGCGGCUAGGGCGUUGUGCCAGGGCCCAUCUGUUCGUCUUUGAGUUGCGCGCUUCACAGCCAUAUUUGUUUUCUGAUGGAGGAUACGAGUGCCGCGGACACAUACGUUGCCAGCUGCGUGCCCACUCCGAAACUUUGAAGGUAUUCUUGUCGCAACUUGCUAGAAGCAAGGCUUACUUUUUGGUCGGCGGCCACGAAGUAGCGGUUGACUUUGCGUCGUAUCCGAUCAUCUGUCCAGACGGCCAUUUCUUCUUGGAGGUGAGAUUUCGUGUGGCCAGUCUGCAGGAGUCUCUGCCCAUCUGCCUGUGGGAGAACCAAGACGAGGGCCAAAACAUCAGUGGCUCACCAUUUACCGUUCAGCAGCUGGUGCGGAGCCAAAAGCUCGAUCAGUGCUUCGGGACGUCUGACCACCGCAAGAAGCGAUGUCGAGAGAAUGAUAUUGAUGAGGCAAGCCGUAAACGGCCGAGAAUCAGGCGCUAG